AUGGCUCAGUUAGCAGAAAGGCGCAUUAAACUCCGAACUAUAAACAGUUACAUAACUUGCAAAAUAUGCAAAGGUUAUCUUAUAGAUGCUACUACAGUAACGGAAUGCCUACAUACUUUCUGCAAGAACUGUUUGGUGAAGCAUUUAGAGGAAAAUAAUACUUGCCCUACAUGCAAUAUUGUCAUACACCAGUCCCACCCUUUGCAGUACAUUAGUUUUGACCGAACUAUGCAAGAUAUUGUUUAUAAAUUGGUACCAAAUUUGUUGGAAGAUGAAACUAGUAAAGAAAGAGAGUUUUAUAAAGUGAGAGGUCUGCCUAACCCCAAAGACAUACCUUUACAGAAUUUAGACUUGAACUCAGAAGAUCAGAACGAUCCGCAUGCAGCAUCGGAUUAUCACAGGCAAGACGAACAGGUUAACGUAUGCUUAGAAUGCAUAAGUCCGAAUUUAAAAUCGCUUAAAAGGAGAUACAUAAGGUGUUCCGCUCAGGCAACUAUUUUACACUUAAAGAAAUUUAUUGCGAUGAAAAUCUUGAAUGGAACAGAGAAGUAUAGAGAGGUUGAUAUACUUUGCAACGACGAACUUCUAGGGAAAGAUCACACUUUGAAGUUUGUCGUGGUUACUAGAUGGAGAUUUCAGAAUCCUCCUAUAAUAUUGCAAUAUCGUCCCAAGAUUGACAUUUAGAAUUUUAGGGAGAAUAGAAACUACGUUACAAAUUUUAGUUUUCUUUUGCUAGCUUUGGUUGCUAGGCAUGAUAUGCUAGCAGUUUUUUAUAAAAGCGGUACAUAAAACGUUCAUAUUAAUCAUAUUUCCAAGGACGGAAAUAAAUUUCAAUUUAACUAGUGUUUCGUUUUUCUCAUGGAUAGACCAUAUAUUUGCAAAAGUUGAUCUUAAGAGCACCAAAGACUUCAUUGCUUACUUUAUAAAAACUACAUAUUGCCAUAGUGAGCAGCUUUUUUCGUUUUUUAUCAGAUCUUGAUGCAUACAGAUCCUGGAAUCUUAAUCAUUUGAUUAUUGGUAAAAUUUAAUUAUUGAUAAAAUUACUCUCCUUUGUCGUUCAAUGAUGUAUCUCUAUAGCUACAGAAACAUGUUUCUGCCUCUGUAUCACGGUGACCAAUAUAGUAGAUUAUAUUGGUAAUGAAACUAUGUCUGACCCAUCAUUAAUGGGAUGAUCCUUGACUUUCUAGUAGAGUGUGUGAUAAUUCUCUUCUGUGACUCUGAUUAUUUGUCAGUCUAUUGUUCCUAUUUCCUUAAUAUAAGUUGUGGUUAUUAAGCGUAGCUAUAAAUAUUAACUUGGAUUCCAAUAUUGGUCUAUAUAUACCUUUGGGAUUUAUCUUUAGCUUCUAAUCCGGUUCUUCAAAAUGUUGGUCUUGGUCCUAAUUCUCUGUAUUGCUGAUUCUUAAUCUUGUUGAACUCCCAAUGUUUCUUUAUUGAUUAAGGAAGUUCAUGGGAUUCUGGGAUAUAUUAUUAUGUAUUUCAUAGACCUGCUGUUAACCUCCUACCCUGGCUGCUUCUUCUGAUCUUGAUUUUGCAUGUAUUGCAGUGUCAUCUGCAAAGUGUUCCAAAUUGAAAUAUUGUAUAUUGUCUGAAGAAAUGACAUUUAGCAAAAAGUUGAGAUGUGUAGAUCAUAAAGCAUUCUGAUGUAAUGCUUCCUAGUCUAACCUUUCCUCUUCUCAUUUUAAUUUAGUAGGUCAUUUUUAAAUCAAAUGAUAAGAGAGAAUAUAAAACAUGAGACUAAGAAGAAAUAGUUAAACUAAUAAUAAAGGGAAACUGCCAUAUUAUCAAAAUAAAGGAUCUAGUGUAAUUCAGACUCCGAUACUUCUAUAGAUUUAAAUUUACACAACAUGACUCAGAUGGUUCUUCUGAACAAGAAAAGUGGCAUAAUUGUAAAAUAUUUUACGAAUAUAUUUAAUAUACAUAUAUGUAUCUCUAUUAUAAUUUUGAUGCAAUACUUUAGAAAUAUAAAAUAAUAUUUAUAAUAUAGACAAAUUAUAUAAAAUAAUACAAUAUGAGGCGUGAAACAUCAAUAUACAACAUAUCAAAAAAUAUGUGUGAAAAAGUGCAUUAACUAUAUAGAAUUAAGAUUUAUCGUAGUAGUUGCAGGAUAACAUUAUCGUGUUUGACAGCUAAGAGUUUAUUAAAUUUCAAGAUUUAAACAAAGACAACAUUAGUGCAAUAUUUUUUCUAAACUAAUAAAGAAACAUUCAUAGUUACCUAAAAUAUGGCUUAAUAGAUAAAAAAUGUAUAUAAUAUAACUAGAAAAUACACCAGGAGGGACCUAGUACUGUAUUAUAACUGACAAUAUAGAUGUACACCAAAUUUUAUAAAUAUACACUAUGUAAUUAUUUUGUUUGUACAGAUAGU